GUCAACGCGAUACUGUCAAAAUGCGCUAAUGCUUUUGGUUGCGACCAUUUCGAUCUAUUUGGUCUAUUUAGAUUUUAAGAAAUAUAUUACUAGUCGUGAGAAGACUUGUAUGUGAAGGAUCUAUUUGUUCUAAUUCUUAGGUACAAUUUGUAAAAAUGGGGCGCCGAUCGAUAAAUACCACGAAAAGUGGUAAAUACAUGAACCCAACGGAUCAAGCCAGGAAAGAGGCCAGAAAGAAGGAGUUGAAGAAGAACAAGCGGCAAAGACAAAUGGUUAGAGCAGCUGUGUUGAAAAUGAAGGAUCCGACUCAGAUAUUAGAAGAAUUACAGAAAAUUGAUGAAAUGGAAUACAAUGUAUUACAACCAUCACCAUUAAAUGAAAAAGUACUUAAGGAGAAGAGAAAAAAGUUGAGAGAAACAUUUGAUAGAGUUCUCAAGAUGUAUGACAAAGAUGAUCCGGAAAAAUGGGUUGAGCUAAAGCGGCAAGAAAUGGAAUAUGAAAAAAGGAGGGCUCAUCUAAUUUCAUACUAUGAGUCUGUGAAAUUGGCUCAAUCGGUGCAAGUGGAUGACAUCCCCUUACCCACAUUACAAAUGCCUGAGAACUACGUCUAUGGAAACAUGGCAUCCCAAAUACCAAUGCCAAUGGACAUAGCACCACCUAGCGCGCCGAUGAAACCCAUUCUCAAAAAGGACUCUGUCUACAAAGAAAGGCCAGCGGGCGCAGAAGCCCCCGGCGUGCCGCCUGGGCCUCCGCCGGACUUCGCGCUGCUGCUGCUCGACGCCAUGCAGGAGGAGAAGGAGGUGGGCAAGGAGAAGAAGAGUCUGCGAUUCUCAGACUUGCCUGAUGAAGGCCCGCCUGGAGAGGUAAGGCAACAACUAAACGAUGAAGGCCCGCCUGGAGAGAAAUGCAUCCCCAUGCCGACAAGCCUCUCCCAAGCGUCAGAGGACUUCGACGGCGAAGCGGAACACAUGGACCACAACAUGGAACAUAUGGACGAGGACUCCGAGCCGGCGAACAACGCCGCUCCCAAACCCACGUCACUGCAGCAGAGAAUGUUGGCGCUCUCCGGCCAGAAUAUAGACGACUUUAUGAAGGAAAUGGAGGAGGUGCACAGAAAGAGAGAAAGAGAUAGAGCGGCGGACUUGAAUGCCAGAUUGACAGCACUGAAGCGUACGGGUGGCCAUCGCGACAGCGACUCCGAUAGCGAUAACGAAACACCAAUGCCUCCACCAGUUAUGCCAGCUAUGCCCCCGGAGUUCAUACUAGAACCCCCAGGCGUCGAGAUGAGACAGAUGCCGCCACCGUUGAUUCCACCAGGCCUCCGCCCCCCGCCGCUCCGCGUGCCGCUCGGGCCGCCGCCCCUGCGCCUGCCCUCUUGCGCGCCGCCCGGGCCGCCGCCGGGCCCGCCGGCCGGCCUGCCGCCGGGCCCGCCGGCCGGCCUGCCGCCGGGCCCGCCCGCCGGCCUGCCGCGCCUGCUGCGCCCGCCCGGCCCGCCGCCCGGCGCGCCGCCGCGCCUGCUGCGCCCGCUCGUGCCGCCGCCGCCGCCCAAGCAGAUGCCGCCCUCCGUGCUCAUGGCCGCGCCCAUCAUACACAAGAAGGACGGCCCUCAAGGAGCCACAAUCACUGCCAAGCCCCAAAUCCGCAAUCUAUCCGCCGACGUCACUCGCUUCGUGCCCUCCGCUCUCCGCGUGAAACGAGAGGACAAGAAAGCCAACGCGAAACUCAAGCCGGCGGUGCAGCGGCCCGAGAGCGUGCCCAAGCAGGCCCCCAGCAAGGACGACGCUUAUAUGCAGUUCAUGAAGGAAAUGGAGGGCUUGUUGUAGAUGAAUGGGGAUAUGGAACUGUUUUAUGUCACGAAAUUGAGCCUAUGUUUUGAGUUACAUGCCAUCGUCGAACCAUUCGUAAGCCUUAAUGCGACGAGACAAAGUCUAACUUCGGUCGGUAACUGUCUUACUGUUAGCAUUUAAUGUAAGGACUUAAGGAAGCGGCCACGACCGUCGUACGCACCGUGGCAUUGACCGCAGGUAUCAUCGUCGGAACAGCAAUAUAAUAAUGCGCGUGUGAUCUAGAUAGGAAUAGGCGGGUCAUUGUACGAAGUUCUUUGUGAGUGUCCUUACUGCAGUGUUAGUAUAGUACAUUACCACCCACCAUUGCCAUCUGCCAGAGACUGUAUGUUGUCUCGCUGUACAAUCGUGAACAAUCGACGCUUUUCGUGAGAUAAAUAUCUAUAAAUAAAUACAGUGUAUGUAUUAAAUUAAGUAUCGUGAAAUACAAUUAUUGUUAAGUA